AUGGCAGAUCCGCCGUUUGGGGUGACAUCCCGGCCUUGUGAGGUGUCCUUGAAGAGGACUUGGGAGAGUAAUGCAGCCAUGGACGAAAUUCCAGAGAUACAGACCUAUGUGCUGAAGAAGCAGACGGACUUCCUGAUCUUCGCAGCGUGGUUGGCCACGGCAAUCUGGCGUUUCUCGCCACAGGAGCGGAACAGGUUGGCGUACUUGGAGAUUGGCACCGCCGAAUCCUUCACGCAACUGUCGCACCUGUUGAGGCUGCCAGGUCUUGCAGUUGAGGUCCCAGAAGCUUUGCCAUCUACGGAGGGCGAACUUGAGGAUGCCACAGUCGAUUCGUUCAUCGCGGUGCCAGAAGUUUACUUGGAUCUGUUGAAGGACCAAGUGCACCGUUUGAAAAAUGGUGUGCAAACCUUUCUGGAAGUAUAG